UAUAGUCCUACUUCGAUGUAGCAAAUGUUACUGUAGCUAACUAAUGUGCACGUUUGGAUAACUUGAACUACCACUCCGUUUACACAUUUUUUAUUAUUUUUUAUUAUACACAGAUGAGGUGUUUUCACAUAAUUCGUUUAACUCCUGACGCCGAGUUUGAAAUCCUUCAGUUUGUUGUUGCUUGAAUUAACCAGAGUUUGUCGGAAGUUUAGAUCGAGUUUGUUAGCCAGAGUAGGAAUCAUAACAUGUAAUUUCUUAAAAAGUACAUAUUUAUUUAUUGAUUGUUAGCGAGCAAGAACGAUUUUAUUUUUUUCGACCAGCUUUGGACAUAACAGCUCUACAUUUAAUAUUUUCCUCGGGAAUACUAACUGCUUAAACCGUUAACGACAUGCAGGAUCAGCACGAGGCGGUUUUCUCCUGUUUCGCCCACCCUGUGUUCAGCAGAUACUGGCAGCACUAUCGACAGGCCAUGGGCUGGCAGCAGAAGCACAAGCAGGCCUACAGCCGGGCGCUGGCGGCGUACGCCUUCCCCCCUUUCCCGUGGCCGAGCCCUGCGGCGCCCCCUCCGCGCUACUCGGACUGGCACGCGGGUGAAGGUGGGGCUAGGGGCGGGGCUAGGGGAGGGGCGAGGAGCGGGGCAAGGAGCGGGGCAAGGCACAAGGCGCGGCCGCCCCACGAACGACCGUCCCGCAGGAACCGGCCCGCCUCCGAGAGCGAGACGGACGAGCAGGACUCGGACGGCGAGAUCGAGUGCGACGUCAGCAACAUGGAGAUCACCGACGAGCUGCGUCAGUACUUCGCGCAGACGGAGAAGCACAGGGAAGAGCUCAAGAAGCAGCAGCAGAUCGAGGAGGAGCGGGCGGAGUCCUACGUGCUGGCCGAUCGGGACCUGCACCGAGCGUCCUGGAACAGCACAGCGCCCCCUGCUGACCGUCCGGGGGAGCGGCGGCGAGCGGAGAUGAAGAAGCUGUACGGCGAGGACGCCGCCAAGAUCCAGGGCAUGGAGGCCGCCAUGCAGCUGACCUUCGACCGGAACUGCGACCGCAAGCAGCCCAAGUACUGGCCCGUCAUCCCCCUCCGACUGUAGGCCUGCCCCGGGGGGGCGGGGGGGGGGGACCCCAGGGGAGGGGCCCCAUCUCCCUCAGGACCCCAGGUUCGGGACAGUAAGUAACGGUUCACGGGCACGUGUGUGUGGGGUGCGGUUUCCACUGCCGAGAGGAAGUGCUUCCUCACUCGCUCGGACUGUACGGCGCACGAGGGGGACUUUCACACACCACGCGACGAGAAUUCAGACCCCGACACGACUGAUUUAGGGACAGAACUGUCCUGAUUCCAGAGCUCUUGUGUCCCUGUGUUCACGUUCAAUUUUCAGUUGAGACAUUCCACACAGUUUUUUAAAAAUGUAUUUAUUUUAUUAUAGGCAUUUGUUUACACCACUGGAAAACCCUCCAGCUGUGUUGUGUGUUUCUUGAGUAUUUACAAUAAACAGAUUUGCUAAGUC